CUAUACGGAGGUUCAUCUUCAGACAUAAGCAUCACAUCAUUUUCAUCAAGCUCAGAUGAUACCAUACAAUAUCUGAGUUCUGACUCAGGGGAUUCAUUCCUCUUGGAGGAGGUGGAUAAGGCCAUUGAGUUGGCGGCCGCUGAGUAUGCCCCGGCUCCAUACCACUUUCCACCCUAUCAGCGGCUGAGCCACUGCUUCACAGCCAUGGCUGACCUGCUCCAGGUGCCAGCAGGAACACCCGGGAAAGGCUUGACCCGCCAGGAGACCCGUAUCAUCUAUGUCACAGAAGCGAAAAAGGAGAAUGUCAUGGACUUCUUAAACAUUCCUUCUGCUUCUGAAGUCCUUUAUUUCGGCCAGGAAAAGGUCGCCCUGUAUUCCACCAAACCCAGAAGGCUGAGGUCUCUGCCAUCCGUCCUCUUCCCCAUCACUAUCUCCCCGCUGCCCACUCUCUCCUCUAGCCUUCCCCCCAUUUCAGUCCUGGACACCCGCAUCGCACCCAGCCUCCUCCUCCCCACCCCAUCCAGAAUGCCAUCCCUGCCCUCCCUGCUGUCCCCCAUCCCUCCCUCCACCCUGUCCAAACUCACCCCUCUGCAAUCCACCCUGGAGCCCAUUUCCGCCUCUUGCGCCCGUCUUCCUCCAUUGGACCUGACCGCCGUGGCCGUGGCGGCUACGUUUAAAAACAGAGUGGCCCCUCUGCCCCCCAUCCGCUCCCAGGCAGCUCAGCAGAAGGUGGACACGGAGCGCGUUGUGGAGCACCGAAUCAUCCUUGUAAAGGAGGCAAGCAAGGAGAAUGUCCUCUCAUAUUCAGACUUUGUUUCUGCUUCUGCCCCUGAAUGCCAGGAAAAGGCAAAAGAAAACAUGGAUGGGGAUGCUACCGAAACAUCCAGUAUGCUAGCUAGUGUCCAAGAAGAGGCAGAGGAGGGAGACAAGAGAAAGAACAAGAGAAAAAGCCUCAAAACAAGGUUUCAAAACUUCUUUCGCAGAUUGAACUGCUUCUGCAGCAGAACAGAAGAAUAGAAGAAUAGAAUCCUAGUCCUCGGUCUUACUUCUGUUUUUUGAAAAAAAAAAAAGGGCUGGGAUAAAUUAAUUUUCAAAAUUUUUAAUCUCAUUUUAAUCGCACGUUAAUAUCUGACUUUUCACAUGGAUUUUCAAUAACGACAGCUUAAUCAACAAAAUAGUGUUCAUUUUUUUAAUGUGGUAAUUGACCAAGAUCAACAGACCAGUACAAUUUUUAGGUGUAGGUAGACCUUCUGUAAUCUCCUUCAGAGAACCAGGGACGUAUACAUGUCCUAUUGUUCUCUUAUCAGUCUAAUUUCAUUCGACUACUCUCCCUACGGGAUAU